AUGGACAACAAGCGGAGAUCAUCCGCCGUCAAUGGCGUGAAUGAAGCUGACGAACGCGCUGCAAAGCGCCAGAGACUGACUGAGAAAUAUGAUCUCAGCAAGGGUGAGACGGUCGAGUCGACUACCGAACAUGGCCUGUUCUUCCUCGAGCAGAUCCGCCGAACUCAGGACAAGAAUGGCCGCAAAGUCGCCGUCUACUUCGAGAAGCUGAUGCCGAGAGAGGGCAAUGCCGAAUACUACAAGAAGACGAGAAUGCCGAUUUCGCUUUCGAUAAUCGAAAGAAAGCUCAAGAAGGGAGAUUUCUCUACUCUUACCGAACUCGAGAGCUACUUCAAGCGUAUGGUCUCCAACGCGAAGGAUUUCUACACUAGAAGCACCCCCCAGUUUGACGAUGCCGAGAGAGUUCGCAAAGCUUUGAGCAACUUCAUGACCAAGACCAAUCCCGCUUAUGCCAGAGGCGGCUACACCGCGGUCCCGACACUUCUGCCUGCCCAUCGCGUCGACGAAGCUGAAGAAGACGACAUAGAGAAGCCGCAAGGUGCGGCAGAAUCCCCCGAGGAACAGGAUGAUGCCGACGAAGAUGAGGAGGAGGCAGAAGAAGCCGAAGCGGACGAAGAGGACGGAGAGGAAGAUGACGAUGCGGAAGGCGAGGAGGACGAUGACGAGGGAAGCCAGAACUCCAAGCCGACUAUUCUCAUCCGUCGCAGAGGACCGGGUAGAUCGUCAUCGUCUAGGGCCGUGACAUCUCGCAAAUCAAAUGCUCGGACUGCCACGCCUAGUCGCCCUGACUACGAGUACGAGGGCAUCCCAUACAAGGGCCUCAACUUCCAGACGGCUCAAGAGAAGAUUGUGGAGGAAAUGAUUCGCAAGAAAGAAGACGGCGAGGACGAGGCUUAUUUUGAAGCCUUCAUCAACCUUCCUCCGCGAGCUUUGAAAGACUAUUACCGAGUCGUCAAGGAUCCCAUGUCGCUCCGCAAGCUUCAGAAGAUCACCAAGGGUGUUCGAGGUCGCAACGAGGCCACUGGCACUAGCGACUUGAAGAGCUGGGCGGCAUUCGAAGAGACGGCCAGCUUACUCUGGGACAACGCCAAGUACUACAAUGAAGAAGGAAGCGAAAUCUAUGAAUUGGCGCGGGAACUUCAGAAAUUCUUCGCCGACGAAAUCAAAAAGGCCAAGGCAGCUGUGCCAGAGCCUUCGCAGCCCAAGAUCAAGCUCAAGGUUCAGCAGCCCGCUUUUGAGCAGCCCGCCACAUCCAAGAAGAUCACUAUCCAUGUUGGGGGCAAGAGUGAGCCCGCAGACUCGCCCGCGCCCACGAUUCCCCAGCCAGCGGGAGCCAUCGCCAGUGAUCAAGCGCCACUUGGCAACGGCACCGCUCGCCAGGGUGGACUGCCAGCCGUUUCCGCUGCCAUGGACAGACUCCGAAGCACUUCGGCCGCAUCCCCGAGUCCCUCUGUCGCAAACAACAUCAAGCGCGAGGACGCAGCACGACCUUCUCCCGCAGUGACCCCCGGUCAACCUAGCACGCCAUCUGCUUUUCCGCCGCCUGCGGGCCAGACAGCAAGCCUGUCCAACGCGACAUUCCAACCCAUUGGACUUGUGCAGCCUCAGCCACAGGCGAAUCCUAUUCCACAGCCGCCUCCGAAGCCUCUGUGGGAUCAGCAGUUCCGUGCGCCUGGCAAGAGCGCUGCCGAUGCACUCAUCACCAAUCUGACUAUCCAGGCUCAUCCGAUGAUCAAUAUCGGAGGUCGCUUCAACAUCAGUCUGAAUCCCCUCGAAAGAGAGUGCAAGCAGUCUGUGACCGUUCAUGUCCCUGCCAGCCAGCUAAGACUUCAGGCCAUUGUGACCGUGCCGACGUUCCUUGAGAAGGAAGGACGUCAGUGGCGAUUGUGGGUGCAGGUCAACCGGUCUACUUUACAGCAAUCUCAUCCCAUUCAGGGCCAGGUGCUUCCCGUCAACGCCAGAGUCUUUGACGUUCAGCUCCAGGCUGGAGUGGUCAAUGAAAUCGACGUCUCUGUCGCAGCUGCUCUGCCCAAGGGACAAAAGCUGCCGAAUGGAGCCGAUUUCGAGGUGGAGACUAUGACACUGCUUGCCAACGUGCCCCGGAACUAG